AUGGUCGAGUUUGUGGUCCCUACCGACAUUCCAUUCUCGUCGUCUGAGGACACACCUCAAUUGACGAUCAAUCAUGAUGUCGCCGCGGAAUUAGACUCUAGUAGCGCCUUCGAGGGCCCCGAGAAGCUCCUUGAGGUGUGGUUCGCCCCCAGUGCUGAAUCUCUGCCCAGUGGUGUCAAGCCCGAUGGGUUGAAGUCAGUAGCUGCCGAUAUUUGGGUGCCGAUGCUGGAUGAGGUCCAUUGCAAGGUGCUCUCGGUCCUCAAAUCCGAGCGUGUAGAUGCUUAUCUGCUGUCUGAAUCCAGCAUGUUCGUCUUCCCUCAUAAGUUGAUCUUGAAGACGUGCGGCACUACCACGCUUUUGUGGGGUCUUCGCAGCCUUUUGCGUAUUGCCGCUGUCGAGGCUGGGUUUCCCGUCCACAACACGCCGUCUGUGGACGAUGAGCGCGCCGCUGCAACCCCUUACCGAGUGUUCUACAGCCGAAAGAACUUCCUUUAUCCAGAGAAACAGCCAACUCCUCAUCGGAGCUGGCUGCACGAAGUCAAGUUUUUGGAUGAGACCUUUGAAGGGGGUAGUGCGUACAUGGUGGGAAAGAUGAACGGAGACCACUGGUAUCUCUAUAUCACUUCGCCAGAAACCACCUUGACUCCACCUCGGACCCCUGAUGAGGAGAGGACUCCCAUGAAGCCAUCUCGUCACUUCAGGAUCCCCACGGGGCUAGCCUCAGCCUUCAAUGGUGUGCCCGAGAGUAGCGACGAGACUCUUGAAAUUCUCAUGACAGAUCUCGACCCCGAGAACGCGAAGAAGUUCUACCUGGAACACGUGAGUGCGGUCGCGAGCGCCAGGCUCUCUUCGCAGGCCCAGGAAGCACGGGACAAUUCCGUACACAGUCUCGGUGAUUUGGCCGGAAGUACUGCCACUAUCCGGACCGCGAGCACGGCUGAAAGCGUCGUCGAUGAGACAUUCGACGUAUCCAGCCUUGGCAGCGACUCUGACAACCAUGGCUCCUACACCCCGGUGUCUGAGCAGCUAGACCCAGCGAGUCUCACAACAGAAGGCCACGCGCUGGGCACCGUGGUGUCGGACAAUUGUGGUCUUUCGGACGUAUACCCGACUUCGAAGUAUCCGGAUGCCAAGAUCGACGCCUACAUGUUCAGUCCCUGCGGCUUCUCUGCCAAUGGCAUCAUCCCGGCCCCGCAGAAGCAAGAAAAUGACACUGUCACCAAGGCCGGCCAUUACUUCACGGUGCAUGUUACCCCUGAGCCUCAUUGCUCAUAUGCGUCCUUUGAAACCAAUGUCCCAGGUGGUCAGAACGGACGUGAGACGUCGGAGGUUAUUGAGCAUGUGGUCGGCAUUUUCAAACCCGGCCACUUCAGUGUCACUUUGUUCGAGGCCAAAGCAGCCAAUGAUGUGGCGACUGGUGCUGCUCGCAAACGCUUCGACAGCCUUGCCGGGUAUCGUCGCAUCGACCGCAUUGUUCACGACUUUGACGACUACGAGUUGGUGUUCAGGUACUACGAACGCGAAGGCUGGGUCUCGGGUACGGGUGUUCGCGUCGGUGAGGAGAUCUAG